AUGGCCUUCAAACACUUUGGCAAUCUGCCGCUGGAGCUGCAGAUGAAGAUAUGGCAGACUUACACGCAUCCCGGACCAGCGAUGCACAUCUUCGAUGUUUGCUUUCCAUCAUGGAAAGGCGAUGAACGUGCUGAAAGAGCGUUCGAUACACAGAGGAAGGAUAAGGCAGGAGAAGCCAAGUUGAACAAUUACAAAAAGAUGGUAUUUCUCGACCGUCUCGAGAAUGUCAGGUCAAAAGCAGCAUUUGACCCAAGCGUUUAUCACGCAACAGCAACAUCAAGGUUGAUCAGUCGUCUUGCCGAACAAACCGUCAGAGAGACAGAGGCAAGACAGGAGAUGAAUGAGAUCCAUCUUCCAGGCAGAGCCCAAAAGCUCUCCAUCCCUGCAUCCGACGUUCUCAUGCUGCGCUUCCGAGAGGAGCCAUCCGACCACAACGACCUAGCUACCGAAACGCUCCUCGUACCACCGCCAAUCAAAGACAUCCUCGAGAACCAAUGGUCACCGGAAAUAGCAACGGCAUUACAGAAUGCGAAAAAGGUCGCAAUUGACGUUUCCGAAACGUGGGCGACAGGAUUGUAUGGCGAGCUAGGGCUUGAAGAGGUUGCAUUCUUCGCUUGUACGAUCCAGAAGGGUCUCGAGGUGUUGUAUCUCGUGGAUGACUGCACGGGGAGGUGCAAACAAUGUGGUAGACAAAACGUCAAGAUGAGCGAGAUUCGAACGCGCGAUGCACUGUGGAAAGGUCUGCGGACGAAGAACACGGAUGAUCAGGAGAGACCAGGGGAUAUCGUGCAUGCAGUCUCGAGACGCUACGUUGAGGCGAGGAACCUUUCCGCACUGGGAUGGGAGGAAGAACACCCAUCGUACAUUUUCGCCUGCCUGAUCGAUGCUGCAAUCAAGAGUCAACAAGAGGGCGCAGACAGAGGAAAGUUCCAAGGUGUCAGGGUCUUGGUAGUUGAAGAUGAGUGA